AUGGGCCGCCGGCGGUCUCUUCGUCACCGCGCGUUCAUCCUGUCGCAGGGCCGCACGCGACUCGUGGAACCGGACGAAUCGUCGCAUGGCCAUUCGGAGCACGACAGGAACGACGGCGGCGCGCAAGUGCCGCUGCUGCCGCCUCCGUCAACUCCGUUCCCGUACAACGUCACCGGCGCCAACGGCACCAACUCGUUCAACGAAACGCGUGUCGCUUCCGGAACAACAUCAGGGAACAGCAGCAGCAACAGUCGCGACCGCCAUAGCGGCGACGGCGAAAGCCACGACAAAGACGCCGACCAUCCUUAUCCAAAACCCGAUCAUGAUGGUGACGGGACUUCCGCCAAUUCCGAUUCCAAUUCCGGGGGGAGCGCGGGGGGAUUGCACGGCGAGGGGAAGGGGAAGGCGGAGGAGGCGGACGUGGAUUGGUGCUCUUGCGGGUCUUCAGUGAAUGGGAGGGCGGACGAGGAGGCGGACGGGGGGAAGGGAGAGGAGUGCGGUGAUUCGGAGGAUGGCGCGGUGGAAGGCGCGGAAGAGGGGGCGGAAGAAGGCGCGGAAGUGUGCGCGGAGGAUGUCGCAGAGGAUGUCGCAGAGGGUGCCGCAGCGGCUGCCGCAGCGGCUGUUGCAGCGGAUGUCGCAGCGACUGUCGCAGCGGAUGUCGCAGAGGAUGCCGCAGAGGAUGCCGCAGAGGAUGUCACAGAGGAUGUCGCAGCGAAUCUCGCAGAGGAAGUCGCAGAGGAUGUCGCAGAGGUCGCAGAGGAUGUCGCAAAGGGUGGCGCGGAGGAACGAAUAAACAAUGCAGUGCCUGUGGUUGUGAGCGAAGGUGACGAAGGGAAAGGAGAAUUGGAGCAAGCAAGGGAAGGAGAGGAAGAAGAAGCACGUGCCGUGAGCGAUGGGAAGGAGGGACGGCGUGGCGAGGAAGAUGGGCACAGAGAAGGAAAGGCGGCAGCAGUAGAGGUUGGAUCGAGCAUGCGAGAGGAUAUGGACGAGUGGAAGACCGAGAUGCGGAACGAGCGGGAAUUGCGGGACGAGCGGGAGGAGCGGAAGGCGCGGAGGGAGCGGAAGGAGCGGAAGGAGCGGAAGCAGAGGAAGGAGCGGAAGGAGCGGGAGGAGCGGAAAGAAGGGAAGGAGCGGGAGGAGCGGGAGGUGCCGGAGGAAGACGUGUGGAUCGAGGAUCCAGCGCACUCCAUCUCGAUACCCAUGACGGUGGAUGCCACGUGGCUCACGGAAUGCGCCGUGUGCCUUUGCGAGUACGAGGAGGGCGACGUGCUAAGGUCCCUCGACUCCUGCCACCACAUGUUCCACCAGACGUGCAUAGACGAGUGGCUGCACACCUGCGGGUCCUGCCCGCUCUGCCGCUUCUCCUUCACCGCCGAUCGCCCGCCGCCGCUCCUCGCCUCCUCCUCAGCCGGCGCCGCCACCUCGCGCACCGAGAUCAGCAUGAGCGGGCCGCUUACCACCACCGGAAGGGAGUCCUUCAGCGGGCCCAUCAGCAGCAGCCUGAGUGGCCCAAUCACUGCCGGCACGUUCAGCGGGCCUUUGAGCCGUUCAAUCAGCGACUCGCAGAGCGGCCCUUUGAGUGUGACUGGAGUGCCGGUGCCGGGACGUGCAGCCCAGCAUGCGAGUGCGGCGCUGGGCGGGGCUCUUUCUGCAGGCGAGGAGCACUCGGAGGAAUCGCACAGCGGCGCUGCUGCUGCUGCCUCGUCGUCAUAUGGGUCGUCGACAGCCACUUUCUCGUCUUCCUAUGCGUCCAAUGGCUCCUGGGCCUCUACUGCUGCCUCUUCCACCUCUGCCUCCGCCUCCACCUCUGGUUCUUCCUCUGCUGCAUGGUUCAUGCCCACUCUCGGCCUUUCUCCUCGUGGGGCGGGCGCUGGUUCGCGAGCCGGGGUUCCCUUUGGAUGGCUCGGCCCGCGCGGUGAGGCCUCAGGAUCGGGAGCAGGUUCGGGAACAGCAAUAACGGCGUCGGUGUCUAGUGGAGGCGAUGCAGGAGCAGUGGUGCUGGAAGCAGUGGCAGAGGAUGGAGAGGAGGUGUCAUCAUCCGCUUACCUGUCGGGGCCGCUUUCGUAUAAUAGCGGGGUUGUGCACACUCAGAGGCUUGACCGAAGGCGGAGAUCGGCUGAUGGUGCGUUGGGAUCAGCAGCUGCUGGAACGGCAGCAGCAGGCAGGGCAGGUGGAGCAGGCGGAGCAGGCGGAGCAGGAGAAGCAGCGAGAGAGGAAGCAGAGGAGCACGAGCACCAUGGGCACCACCGAUGGGAGCACAUGCGUGAAAGCCUGAAGGAGGGCAUGAAGUGGUUCAUGAUGAGCGACAGGGAGAGGGAGGGAUGGGACAAUGAUGACACCGACUAUUACUACUCAUGGUGA